AUGACUUCUAUUCACUGGGACAGCCAACAGUUUGUGGCUAUACUGCCUUCAACAUUUUGGCCACCUUCGCAUCCACAACCAGGUGUUGGUUCGACUCACUUUCCACCGUCUACAGCCAGUGCCAAUUUUGAAGGGGUCAAGAGGACAAUUACGCACGACGCAGCCCAGAUGCACAUGUCAUCCAAAACCACGCAGUCUAUUCGAUACAGUGGAGAUGCAGACAUCAGCGAUGCAGAGACGGAGUUUCCUUCUAUCGAAGAACUCCUAUUACCAGAUAUAAAUGGCAGCCUUAGCAGCGUCCACGGAAACGUGACAGGUUCGGAUAAACUGAAAUGGGGUACAAGCCAGGAUGAACCUAUCCUCCUGGACAGUGAUGUGGGCGACAAUGGAGUGCUGGACGAUGUUGAGAGGGAGAUCCUAGUAGAUUUCUCCAGUUCUCAAGCUGCACUAAGUGAUGUGAUGAUACAGACAACUACGACAAAGGUGAAUGACAUGCUGUUGCUUGCCUCUCAAAAUAUGAGCAAGCUUACGGAUUGUCUCUCAGGUUUGGGCAGUGCUCAAGAAACCACUAACUAUGCCACGACUUACGUUAUCGCUGCCACCGAAGGAAUCCCAACAAAUAACAGCAAGAUCAAUAAAUAUCAGCCAAAAUUAAGAAGGGAUAGCAAUGAUUACAUGUCCGCAGAGAAUGACCAUGUGGACAAGGUUGUACUAAGUCUUGGGAUGGCGUGCAGCGACGAUCGAGAUGGAGGCACAGAUGAUAGUGAUGGCGAAGACUGUGCCAAUGACAGCUCCAGUUUUGAUAUUGAGCACCCACAGCGUUUAAAACGGCAGAGGAGGACAAAGAGCACAGAUAGCUCUGCACAAACAAACUUCAGCAAUUUGAAAGACGUUACUUUGCUGACCAAUUUCGCUGAUGUGUCGAGUCAGGGGAAAACAUUGGCCUCUCCCGAUUCUCCUACAACGAGGCAAUAUAUUAAUGGUGGAGGUCUCGGUGAUGAUAGCGACACCGCUGGUUCUGAGAUACAGGAGCGGAGACCAAAACUGUUAUGA